AAGUUGGGGCAGACGCAUUAAAAAAAAAGGGCAGACGCAUAAAAAAAAAAGUCGGGCAGGCCACUGUCAUCCCAAAUCUUCAAUUUUUCCAGCUUUCCUUGAAUCGUCUCUCCAACGCAGUGGGGGAGGAAACCCGAAGGAGCAGAGAAGCCCAAGAAACUGUGAGAAAAAUAGAGUUGGGGAAAGGAAAAUUUUCAGUUCCCUUCUUCUGAAAUCAGCCGCCCUGAUGGGGUUUUCUCUGUUCCCUACAUGCAUUGGUUCGCGGUUUGACUGGGAUGUGUGUCUAUAUAUACCUAGGAUGUUUCUUUGCAUCACAAACCAGUUUCUCGCUGCUAUUCAUUUUUUCUUGCUCUUGAAAUUAUCUAGAUGGUGGCUCACAAGCUGUUGGCGGAUCUUAAUGAUCGAGAUGGUCCACAUACAUUGCUUAAGCUUCGUUUGUUGAAUGCGUGGGGUUCUUAUUCCAUUAAGAAUCCAGAACAUAUUUUUUCUUAUUGUACGCUAUGGAACGACGAAGAGGGGACGCUGGUUCAGGGGUCUGCUGUGCCUACUUUGAUUAGCCAUUUUCGUGAGAUUUUGCGACUUGGUUCUGUUUAUUUUGUUUCUGGGGUGAAGGUGCAGCCUCCUGGCAGCACUUAUCGGUGUUGCUCCCACAAAUUGAGCAUUGUGUUGUCUCAGGAGACUGUGUUUAAGGAGGUUGCUGAAUCAGAUCCUCCUUUUUGGCAAGAUGCAUUUGAAUUCGUUCCUUUUAGUUCUCUUCAGUCUCGCAUUGGGUCUUCUGUUUAUCUUACUGAUAUUGUUGGAUAUGUGGUGAGUGUUGGUGGAAUUUCUCAUUCUGUUAACAAUUUUGGUGAUACGGUUCGUAGGGAUGUGGUUCUGCAGAAUGAAAGUCACAUGAAGGUGACAGUUGCUCUUUGGGGACCCCAAACUUUGUGUGUUGAUCAUGAAAGGAUUAUGGAGCUUAGCACAGCUGGGGCUGUCUUACUUGGUUUUUGUAGUCUCAAGGUUUCUGGUACCUCAUCAGGUGACUUGGCAUUAUAUAGCACACCUGCUACUCGGUGUGUUUAUGAGCCGAUAUCAGAGAUGACUGAACUCAUUCGUUCUGUAAAGGGUAAGGGAGUGAAACAGUAUGUUUCUUUCUCUGCCGGGGAGACUUCUUCUGCUCCAUCAAAGCAGGAUCGUUCUCUGUCUGCGAGCUUGAGUAAAUCGAUUUCUCAUGUGAGCGAUAUUUCUGAUGAAGAUGAUCAAAUCCAUCUACGUAGGACAAAUGUUCAGAAUCGUUUAUCGUCUUCUGUCAUUGAUGAAUCACUUUUGCCAGUGGAACCAGUUUACUUACCAGAGGAACAUGUUAUUCGACGUCGUCGUCGUUUGGUUUUAGCUGGACAUGCGAUAGGGCAAUCUUUUUUGGCUGAACCUGACAUUUGUUGUGCAUUCUCGGAUGAUGUAUCUGCUUCAUUAUCGGAUGAUACAUUUGUUCCUCCAACAGAGCAUGAUGCUACAUUGGUUUCUGAAAUUCUUCUUGAAGUUUCGAAAUCCAAAUCUAAAUAUUGUGAUCCGAAGCUGAAACAUGGAAAUGAUGUCUCUGUCAUUGAUGUGGAGAAGGAUACUGUUCUGCUUUCUGAGAUUGUUGUACCAACAUCAGUAGCUUCAAAGAGUAAGAAGCGACGUUCUUGCUCCAAGAAUCCGAAAGAUGAUGUGCUGCAGAGUCAUCCGGCUAUGCCUUCAGAGGAUGUUUGUCCAGCUUUGAAGGCCAAGCAUCGACAUUCUCGAACAAAAGGUGCAUCUAGGACUGGGAAAUUUUCUUCAUAUAAGAAACUCUUGAAUUUAACUGCUCCUGUUAAAGAGCCAGUUGUUGAUGAAAAUAUUCAGACAAAGAUUGCAUCUGAGGAUGUUACUUUGCUUUUUGAGGUUGUUGCACCAACAUCAGCAUAUUUAAAGAGUAAGAAGCGGGGUUCUCGCUCCAAAAAUGUGCAGGCUAAUCCAGUUAUGGCUUCGGAGGGUGUUUGUCCAGUUCUGAAGACCAAGCAUCAACGGUCUCAAACAAAAAAUGCAUUUAGGAGUGGGAAACUUUCUUCACAGGACAAACUCUUGAGUUUGGCUACUCCUAUUAAAGAACCAUCUGUUGCUAAAAGUGUUCAGACAGAGAUUGCAUUUGAGGAUGCUGUUUUUAUGGAAGGGGAUGAUGCUUUAGAAGGUCAGCCAGCCAUGGUUUCGAAGGUUGUUGCUCUAACUUCUGAGCCAAAGGUUCGACGGAUUCGAUCCAAGAAUACGACUAGGAAUGAGAAGUCUGGUUGGUCGGCAAAAGCUAUCCAUGUUGAGAAAAAUACUGUGUUAGAUGAUAUUGCACAUGUGCAAGGGGAAGGUAUUACUAUUUCCGAGAAGAACUUAGCUGUUGGUAGGUCAAAACGAAACCGAACCCCAUCAAGGAAGGCUCUCGAAGCGGUGGCAUCCCAAUCAAUGCCAUCUAUGGGACGAGCUUCUUCACAGAAGCGAAAGCAGCCUAUAAAGUGA